GAAGGGGUGGAUUCGCAACGCGCAUGCUCCUGCGGGAGAAGAGUUGGAGUAAUUUGCAAUGCAAAGAAGGGGGUUGAAGACAAUCGAUGUAGGAGAGCAGCAACAGACGGCAAUAUGUUUUCGAAGGAGGAAGAUUAUAUCAACAAUGAGUAUUACAGUAUGAAUCUUCAAUUUUUUCGUUUAAUUGGAUUAUGCCAAAAGACGACAUCUAAGAACAUAAUUCACAUAUCUUUAAUUAAUUUCAUACUAAGUUUUGCAUUAUUCGAACAGAUUCAUUUUCUCAUCAUCUCUGAAAAAAAAAUACUAGUGAUCGUCAAAUUACUGGAAACGACCUUGUCUGAAUUCUGCUUCGCUUCUUGCUAUUGGAAUCUAUUGUUGAAUUAUGGCUUUAUGAAGAAAAUUCUUUAUCGUAUCAAGUCUGAUUGGGAUGACCUAGCAAACAAACCAGAACUAAUGAUACUGAAGAAAUAUGCUGAAGUUAGUAAACUUUCUACAUUAACAAUCGCAAUCUUUUUUUUUCUUUACAUUGUAUUUUUGAUAUCUCCACCAUUUUUAAGUGCAUUUCGAUACGUUUUUGGUGUUAUAAAUGAAACGGAAUUAAUAUUACCAGUUCCGGCCGACUAUUUCAUGAAAAACCGAAUGUUUUACUACAUCGGGCUUACAAUCGAAUAUGUAAUUAUAUUAAUCGCUAGCACGGUAGGGAUUGCUAAUUAUUCCAUGUUUAUAGUAGUUGUUCAGCAUGCUUGUGCACUUCUUUCCAUCGUCCACUGUCAAAUUCCAUUUUAUUCGUUAUCUUUGGAGACGCAAAAUUUGUUACUCUUUUUGAUAAUGAGAAGCAUGAAGCCAUGCAAUUUAUCGGUGAAGGGUGCUAUUGUUGUAUCCAAUGACCUUUUUGCAACGAUUAUGCGUAAGUCAUUUUCCUUUGCUAUGGUAUUGUAUAGCUUGCAAUGA